AUGUCUUCUGCUCUCGUAACCUCUCUCCCCAUCUUUGCCGAUGCUGGCUCGUCGAUGACUCUUGUCGCCGAAGUCCUCGGCGCAGACGCGGAUCACACCACAUACGUUCUGAACUGCCCCUACGUUGACCCCGAGAGCGAGGAGUUCCAGACCAUGGACGACUGCGGUGUGUACAACAACACCUACAUCAUCGGACCAUACAUGAGCAAGACUCUCCCUCCCGGUGCUGCUAGCACAGGCGACUUUGACCUCUUCGUCACCAUGCCCGGCGACGCAGAAGAUGACUGGAAGUUCUCCAUCCACUGCGAGAUGUCGCGUACCAUCGCUACGAAGUGCACCACUAUCAACAUUGGCGGCAACAACGACGGCCACCCUACCGCGACUAUCACCAACACUGAAGAUCUUGAGGAGUACGGAUUUAGAACAUUCGACUACGGUGCUGUUUCCAUCACUGCUGGUCAGGAACUGCUCGACGCUAAACACGCGAGCGCCACUGCGACUGCUAGCGACGCCACCAAGACUAAGGCUUCGGGGAGCGAUGCUAGUGGAUCUGAGACUUCUAGUGAGGCUACACCUGCUAACACAUCUGGUGGAUCGUCUUCUUUCGCGCGUGUGUUUGGUGUUCUGUCUCUGGCUGGCGUCGCUGCUGCCCUCAUCAUGUGA